UGCCGCCACCGCCGCCUGCGCCAUGCUCGGGCUCCGGCUCCGAGAGUGCAUCCUUUCCCAUAUCCUCUCUUCUCCCUCCAAAGCUGCAUUCUCUCCACUCCGCCGCCUCCUCUCCGCCACAGCGGCCCCCGUUUUCCCGAACCCUAUUAGCUUCGCCGUCGAGGACUACCUCGUCGGUACCUGCGGCCUCACCCGUCCCCAAGCCCCCAAGGCCUCGAAGAAGCUCUCCCACCUCAAGUCCCCCACUAAUCCCGACAACGUCCUCGCCUUCCUCGCUGGCCUCGGCCUCUCCGGCGCCGAUGCCGCCGCCAUCGUCGCCAAAGACCCGCAGUUCCUCUGCGCCAGCGUGGACAAAACCCUGUCCCCCGUCGUCGCCGGGCUCACCCGCCUCGGCCUGUCUAGUCCUGAGAUUGGCCGCCUUGUCUCGGUCGUCCACAAACAAUGUCGUUACAGAUCCAUCAUCUCCAAGAUGCAGUACUAUCUGCCCCUCUUCGGCUCCUGCCACAACUUCCUCAGGGCGCUCCAGCGCUCGUCCUACUCCUACCUUCUCUCGUCGGACCUCGAUAAGUUGGUCAAGCCCAAUGUUGCCUUCCUGAGGGAGUGCGGGCUAGGUGCUUGUGAUAUUGCCAAGCUGUGUAUCCGGGAGCCGAGGAUACUGGCAAUUAACCCGGAGCGCGUCCGGGCAAUGGCGGCAUGUGCUGAAAGACUAGGUGUGCGCCGCGGCUCUGGUAUGUUCAGGCUAGCGCUACAGGCUGUCGCGUUUCUCAGCGAGGAGAAGAUUGCCGCCAAAUUGGACUACUUGAAGAAUACUUUCAGGUGGUCUGAUGCCCAAGUGAGCAUUGCUGUGCGCAAGUAUCCAAAUCUGCUGGGGAAGUCAAAGGAAUCUCUGAAGCGCAGGUCCGAGUUCCUGGUCUCUAAGGUGGGGGUGGAACCCGUGUACAUUGCUCAUCGACCGACAUUGCUCUCUUAUAGCAUGGAGGGCCGACUCAGACCCCGGUACUAUGUUAUAAAGUUUCUCAAGGAAAAUGGACUGCUAGAUGGUGACCUGAGCUUCUUUACUGCGGUCAAGAUGACUGAGAAGGUAUUUGUGGAGAAGCUCAUAUGUCCUCACAAGGAAGCCGCACCACACCUCGCUGAAGAUUAUGCAGCAGCUUGCAAAGGGGAAGUACCAACUAAUUUCAGAUUUACAUGAACAAAGAAGGGCUAUGGAAAUUGGUUACAGCCUAUGGCACAACAAAGUUAUCACCCUGUCUGUAAGCUGGUACUUCCUGUUUCGGUGUUCUUUCCCUAAGAUGAUGUUGGUUGUUUACUGUAGUAUGCCUGUUACAUGCUAGUUAGUCAUUGCUAAGUGCUAACUCCUUAUGAAACUGAAAAUUUGAUU